AAUAUAGGAAAUGAACGUAUCAACGCCAUCGCGUUAGUUCCUUCGCAACACACAUUUGCCAGGUGGCGCUGAAGUCACAAUGUCGACCAGUUAGAAACAAGAUGGCUGCCUCCAACUCAAGUAUAUCCAGUGAUAUUCCAGCCAAGAAGGAGGACGAAUUUAACGAAUUUUACACAGAAGUAAAGGAAAUAGAAAAGCGAGACUCUGUCUUAACGCCUAAGCAACAAAUUGAGAGGUUGUUGAGACCAGGUUCCUCGUACUUCAAUUUAAAUCCCUUCGAGGUUUUGCAAAUUGACCCGUCAACUUCUAUCGAGGACGUUAAGAAAAAAUAUCGGCGUAUGUCAAUUUUGGUCCAUCCAGAUAAAAACCAAGACGAUGCGGAAAGAGCCCAGCAGGCUUUCGAAAUUGUAAAUAAAGCAUGGAAAACAUUAGAAAGCGAAGAAACGAGAGCAAAAUGUAUGGACGUCAUAGAAGAAGCAAAAGCACGUACCGACCACAUGAUUACAGAAAAGAAAAAAAAGUUAAAGAAAGAAGGGAAAACGGUUGAUGGGGCAGGAGUACCUCUAUUAGAAGAAGAAACCGAAGAAGGCUACACACACGCAGUAUGGGUCAUGACAAUGAAAUUGUUUGCUGACAUGGAACGCAGAAGAAGAGAACUUGCAACCAGAGACGCGGAACAACGAAAGAGAAAAAGAGAGGAAGAAUUAACAGCGGAAGCACAAGCAGCAAUGGAGCGCGAAUGGCAACGAAAUUUCGAAGAAUCCAGACAAUCGCGUGUCGACAGUUGGAAAGCUUUCCAAUCCGGUAGUGGUGCCACAAAGCAGAAGAAAACAAAAAAAAUGAAAGCGUUUAGGCCUCCAAAAACAAAAGCUGAAUCUCGAUAAACGCUUUAACGUCAGGCUUCACCAUUCCUGGCACCUGAUGCUAAAUCCACAUGUCAAAUACGAUACAUCAAGAGAUGCAUUUUCAGUCUGUUCCGAUGUUCGAAAUAAUGGAUUUCUGAAAUGGAGCAUGAAAGGAGUAGGUGUCCAGGAAGAAAGUAUAGUUUUUAAAUAUCAUGAGAAAGAGAGAGAAAAGAGAGAAAGACAAAAAGUGGAGAUACCGAGAAGGACUUGAGAAAAUAUAAUGUGGGUUUGUGCAUCAAGCAAUAUGUUUGUCCGAGUCUAAGUAUGACUGUGUUCGAUUGAAAAGUUCUUACAUGGCCCGAUACCUCUAAACGGUCUACCUCCUCGCAUAGAACUAUCGACUUUUACGUUUCGAAAAUUGAAAUUAUUCCCAUCACUAAGUUUUGGUGGAAGAAAACUCCUCUUCUUGUCAUGAAUUUUCAUUACGUGUACAUAUUAUGAAAUUAUGAGUGAUAGAUAAUACGAUGGCACAAGUGUUGCCUAUACCAUAAAAACAACUGUUCAUUUUGACAAGUUGGAAACAAUGCACAAGAUAAGAAUUAUUUGAAAUCAGUUUUCCACGAGACAUGACAGUUUUGUCAAUUAAUAAUUGUCAACAGAUCAAGCAAACUGGAUUCUCAACAUGGAAAUGUACUUUUGUUUCGAAAAAAACUUUCAAGCAUGUUAAGCUGCAUCAUUACAGUUUAAUGGGCCAUGUAACCGGGCAUCCGUUUCGAGAAUCACGGUGCACGGAGUUCAUUCAUUUUGCAUAAUAAAUGUAAUAUUUUUAUGCA